AUGGAGGUCGAGUCCGCAUUACUGGAUACAGUGCAGUAUCUACUUGGCGAAGGGAAAGCAACGCCUUGCCACCAUACGCAUGGCCAUCCACGACCCUUUAUUGAGAAUUGGCCAGUUUCCGCUCAAUUACAAAUGCUAAAACAACUUCUUUGUGAGCGUGCGGCUGAGCCUGAGCUACCUUCUGCCAUAUCCAAUAACGUCCGAACCAUUUACGAAUAUCUGCAUGCGCAUCGCUUUUUAACAUCCAUUGAAACGCUCAAACCCAGCCGAACCAUAACUGGGAGCAAUCAGAAGAAAAUCCAUUUAUUUUGCUGGCGAGGCGACAUUACGACUCUCUCUGGCGUGACGGCCAUUACCAAUGCUGCCAAUUCCCAAAUGCUCGGCUGUUUCCAGCCCAGCCAUCGCUGCAUCGACAAUGUUAUACAUUUUUGGGCCGGACCCGGGCUGCGGAAAGAAUGUUACGAUGCUACAUCCCAGGGAACUAUCGAACUACCGGUCGGACAUGCUCUUACCACGAAGGGGCAUCACCUGCCUGUGCCGUACAUUAUACACACUGUCGGCCCCCAGCUUCGAGGCGGAGCCAAGCCUACGGCCGAGCAGAGACGCCAGCUCGAGGACUGUUAUGUUUCCAUUCUACGAGAAGCAGAGCUCUUGCCAGCCACCAAUACUAGAAAGGCUGUUGCGAUAUGUUGCAUAUCAACGGGCCUAUUUGCAUUUCCACCACUGGAAGCUACCAAUAUUGCCGUGCAAGUCACCUCGCGCUGGUUACAAGAACAUGAUACCACUAUUACAGAUGUGGUGUUCAACACCUUUACCGAAGCGGAUACUAUUAUUUACCAGGAAUUGCUGGGAAGUGCCCAUUCUGCGCCCCUGAUAACAUAUGCACCGGUUGACCAGUCCUUCUCGUCUCUGGGACGUGCUCGUGACUGGCUGCUGUCGGCCGACGCUAUCCUCAUAAGUGCCGGAGCAGGUCUCUCAGCGGCAGACGGAUUAGACUAUACAUCACCAGCACUCUUCUCAAAGUAUUUCCCAGCGUUUAAAAAAUAUGGUUUGACGACAUUAUACAGCGUCUUUGGGUUCUCCGAGUGGCCCUCGGAGCAACACCGCUGGGGGUAUUACUUUACCCACCUGAACAUGGUCAAGUCGUGGCCUCGGUCGUCAAUGUACACGGGGCUUAUAUCCUGGCUUCGGAACCGGAGCGCCGAGGUGCACGUCAGAACUUCCAACGCCGACGGCCUAUUCCUCGCCAAUGGGUGGAGCGAGGAUGCUCUGUCGACGCCGCAGGGCAGCUAUGCUGUACUUCAGUGUUUGAAGAAUUGCCGGCCUGAUGCCACGGCACCGUCUGCCCCGUUUUUGGAGGCGGCCAUCCCGUUCUUGGACCCAGUCACGCAGCAAUUGACGGCUCCUGACAAGAUACCGCAGUGUCAGUUUUGUAGAGGCAAGAUGAAUAUCUGCGUCCGGGCCGGAAAUUGGUUCAACGAAAGGCCGUUUGCUGCUGGCGAGCGACGUUGGCGGCAAUUCAAGGCAGACACGCGCGGUCGGGGCAAACGACUCGUCAUUCUGGAGCUGGGAGUCGGACAGUCAACACCUGGCGUCUUGCAAUGGCCUAAUGAGGACAUGGUUGACAAGGACGGGGGCAAGACCCUGCUGGUUAGGGUUGGGCUGGGCGUUGACGCGACGGUACCGCUGGAGCUCGAGGCGCAGGGACUCGCGACGUAUAUUGACGGGGAUAUUCAAGCGCUGUUAUCUAGUCUUUGCUCAGGAAUUCCCAGAUAG